AUGUGUCUCAAACUACUACUCUUAGUUCACUUAAUUUGGAUCCAAAAUCAAAUCUUCAUAUUUGCUGUACACACAGUUACUGCAACUACUGUAGCAACCGAAGUCAUUGAUUUACAAGACGGUCAUCCAAAUCAUCGAUUGUGGCAAAAAAUGAUUGACACAGGACGUUCAACAAACGGCAACUGUGCAAAUUUAUUACACAAUGAUGCAUCAAUAAAUACAGUUGAAGAAUUUCUUGAUACACUCAUUAAUUCAAGCCAUUAUGAUAGGCGAAUUCGACCAUUUUUUGAUCAGCGAAAACCGUGCAAUGUGACGAUGACGAUUCAUAUUAACACGAUUUCAGCUAUCAAUGAAGUUAACAUGGAUUAUAAUACUGAUUUGAUUUUUCGUCAGUCAUGGUACGAUCCAAGAUUGAAUUAUUCAGGAACAGAUUGGGCAAAAAAAUCACCACAGAUUACAUUGCACUAUUCACUUAUUGAUCGUAUAUGGGUACCUGAUUCUUUUUUUCGUAAUGCUAAAGAAGGUAAACGAAGUGACAUCACAGUACCCAAUCGAUUAAUUCGUAUUCAUCUCGAUGGAAAAGUACUGUACAGUCAAAGACUUCUACUUAAACUUGAUUGCCAAAUGAAAUUACAAAAAUUUCCACUUGAUAAUCAAACAUGUGUUGUCAACAUUGGCAGCUACGGUUUUGGUACAACUGAUUUGGCGUUCUUUUGGGAUGAAACCCAAAAUAUAAGUGCUAUCAGAGUAAAUGAAGACCUUGAAAUGCCUGACUUUGUUUUGAGUAACCACGAAGCACGGUAUUGUAAUCGAACAACAGCAACAGGCACGUACACUUGUCUUGAAGUACACCUAGCAUUUCAACGAAAUGUCAAUUUAUAUAUCCAACAACUGUAUUUACCGGCAACAUUGAUAGUUGCUUUAUCAUUUGUUGCGUUUUGGGUCGACUAUAAAUCACAUCCUGCACGAACUUUAUUAAGUUUGCUUUGCAUUGUUACUUUAACAACAAAAGCUGAAGGCAGUUUUACAUGCCUUCUUGUUGUGCUUCAUUUAAAGCGUCUAUUUGGUUAUUAUCUCGUUCAAGUUUAUAUUCCAUCAAUGCUCAUUGUAAUUCUUUCAUUUGUCUCAUUCUGGAUUGAUCAUAAAUCGGUUCCAGCAAGAAUUUCAGUCGGGCUUUUAACUGUUCUUACCGUUACUACACAAAGCUCAGGUAUACGAUCACAACUCCCGCGUGUGUCUUAUAUCAAAGCAAUUGACGUAUGGAUGUCAGCAUGCCUUGUAUUUGUUUUUGCUGGUUUACUUGAAUAUGCAUUGGUCAAUGUUAUUGCACGCAAAGGUGAAUUACGACAGCAAGUUCGCUUUUCAAAAGAAAAGAAAAGUUCGAACAGACCGCCGAAAUUAACUUUGAUUCAAAGGCUACAGAAUGGUUCAUCUUUUGCUGCUGAGAGAGUUAUUGGAAAUCGUCUUGCUCAAGUACAUUUUUAUAAAAAAGAUGAUGCACAGGAUGGUGGUGAAAUGAUGGAGACACUGGUUCAUAAAUCUAGUGGUGGGGAUAGAAAUACAAGUGGUAAUACUAGCUCUCAUGUACAAUAUUCAUCCAUGUCAAACGCAAAUGUAACAUCAUCGACACCAGCUAUUGCGCCACCACCACCACCACCACCACCACCAGUGAUUGCCGUGCCUCAGCCGGCUCGUAUAGCGCAGCCAGCUAAGCCUAUUCGUGACAGUGCACAAUUUGUUGAUAUUGUCUCCGCAGUUCUUUUCCCCGUUGCUUUUAUUGUAUUCAAUAUUAUUUACUGGAUGGUCUAUCUAAAUAUGCACAAAAUGAAUGAUGAAAAGCCUUCAAAAAAGAAUAAUAAACAACGACGAGUUCGUUUUGAUCUCCAAACAAGAUCUCGUCAACCUAUAAGAAUUCAAUGGACUAUGGAAGAAUUUAAUGAUCUCUUUAAACGAUUCCGAUGUUCGGUUACAGGUAGUUAUUGGCAAAGUCUAAAAAAUCGUGUUUAUGAAAAAAAUAAUCAUCACAUUGCAGUUGGAAAUUUAAUUUGGAAAUAA